CUCGAAUUGAUUUAUUUUUGAAACCCCUCUACCGGCUGCUCCUCCUUGUCGUCCUCUUCCAUAGUUAUAGUUUCAUGGCUAUGGAAGGAGCAGAGCUUUAAGCUUAGCAUGGAGAAGAAGACAGAGGGCGACAGCCUUUGGCAUGUGUCCCAUACGCAAACCCUGAGAAAUCCUCCCGCAGUGCCUUCCACUCCUCCGCUUCCCUUUAUUCUGCCCUCCCACCGCGGAUUCGUUCCUUACCGUGCUCGAUUCCGGCUUCACCCCUUAAAGCUUCCGUCUUUAUGCAAUGGGACGCACGGAGGUGGCGGUGGCGGCUGACUUGCUGGGUUGGAUGAUCGCAGAGUGCGAUGGCUGGAGAUGGUACGACCGAAACCCUCGAGCAGACCCCGACUUGGGUGGUCGCAGUGGUCUGUACUGUCAUCGUCUUCAUCUCCCUCGCCGUUGAGCGGUCGCUGCAUUACCUUGGAAAGACUCUGAAGAGGAAAAAACAAGAUGCACUCUUUCAUGCAUUGGAGAAGUUGAAAGAAGAGUUAAUGCUUCUUGGUUUUAUCUCCCUUUUGUUGACAGUCUUUCAAAACCUUAUUAGUAACAUAUGUAUACCGAGAAGUUAUUCAUAUCACAUGCUUCCAUGUAAAUUGGAGAGCUCUGCCAAAGAACACGAAAGUUAUCCUUGGAUGGACUAUAAUUAUGGACGGAGACUUUUGUCUAGUGGUUCUAGUUCCCACUGCACUGCUAAGGGCAAGGUUCCAUUGCUGUCUCUGGAAGCGUUGCAUCAGUUGCAUAUCUUUAUAUUCGUGCUUGCAGUCGUACAUGUUGUGUUCUCUGCUUCUACAAUGGUACUGGGAGGAGCUAAGAUCAGAGAGUGGAAACAUUGGGAGGUUUCAAUUCAAAAAGAAACAACCAAUCAAGGAAAAAAUAAUAACCAGGUUGACGAUGCACAUCACUCUGAUUUUGUUACUGGACGAGCAAGGAGUAGUUGGAAAAAUUUAGCUGUGAUAAUCUGGAUGGUCUCAUUCUUCAAACAGUUUCAUGCAUCAGUAACAAAAUCAGAUUAUAAAGCAUUGAGGGCAGGAUUCAUCAAUAGACACUGUCCUUCUAAUAAACAAUAUGAUUUUCACAAAUACAUGUUGCGUACGCUUGAGGAUGAUUUUAAAAGAGUUGUUGGCAUAAGUUGGUAUCUUUGGCUCUUUGUUGUCCUAUUUUUGCUGCUGAAUAUACAUGGUUGGCACACCUACUUCUGGCUCUCUUUCCUGCCGCUUGUUCUUCUACUUGCUGUUGGUGCAAAGCUAGAGCACAUAAUUACUAAGCUGGCCAUGGAACUAUCCGAAGAAAUGUAUCCUCAAAAUCAGAAUGAAGUUAACCGGGUGAAGCCAUCGGACGAGCAUUUUUGGUUCAACAAACCUGGAAUCAUUCUUUACCUAAUCCAAUUCAUAUUAUUCCAAAACUCUUUCGAGAUUGCCUUCUUCUUCUGGAUUUGGACCACCUACGGAUUCGACUCCUGCAUCAUGGAGAGUAUCGGCUACCUCAUUCCAAGACUUGUAAUAGGUGUUAUCAUUCAAGUCCUGUGCAGCUACAGCACUCUUCCUCUAUAUGCUAUUGUCUCCCAGAUGGGUGACAUGUUCAAGCAAUCGAUAUUUCAUGAGAAUAUGCAACUUACACUACACGGCUGGGCAGCAGAACAUGCCAAGAAAAGAAAAGAAAAUUUUGGUUUUGCAUCACUCCUACACUUUGGCAAGAAAAAGAAAGGUGAAAGUGAGAUUCAGAUGCAGAGUAAUGUAACAUCGAGAGCCUCCGGGAGUUCUCAAGACGCACAGCGAUCAGAUCCCUCGGAAGGGAUUGUAUCCGUGAGGAUCGAAAGCCCGCAACCUCCAGCUCCAUAGCUUAUUGGCAAGCUUUCAAAAUGAAUUUAGCAGCCCAUGGAUGGCUAUCGAGAAACUUGUGUUCAUUUUCAAAGGGGAUUUGCUUCUUGCAUUUUGUUGUUCAUAAUUCAUUUGUUGCUUUAAAAAGAACAGCCAUAUGUUUCUUUCAGUUAUAUUGGUAUUAAUAAAACCAUCGAAAUGACUCUAUUGUU